GCCGUCUCGCCCUCGUGUACGAGCCGCCAGAAGGCAUCUUUCCUUGCCUUUUUGAGCGGUUCAUUCCCUAGAUUCGCGACAGGACAGCCGUGGAGAGCACGGCUAGUCUCCUGUGCAUUUCGCGGAGCGGAACUGAGCGUCCUCUGUUGAAUCUGUGACCUCUGUCGUAUUGGUUAAUGGAGCACUCACACACAGACGAGUCAGUGACAGGCAGGCGGUUCGUAGCGCCACUUCACAUCGUGCCUUCAGGGUAUUUCCGCGCCCACCGUCUGUGGAGCUAAAGUAAAAUACCAUCUAAAACCGAUGGUCGAUUGCGACUUCCGCUCCGAGCCAUGUUUCCUCUUGCUUUGGGGGCGAGAACACUCGUCCUCCGACCUUUGUGCGUCCCUCUCGCCCUCUUCCUCUUUUCUUUUGUCAGUUCCUCUCGAUCUCUCUGCCUCAGAGAAACAGCGGCUGUGCCACAGCCCUGCGGUUCGCCGGCCUCCACCGCUCCAACGUGUCUCCUCUCUUCUUCCAAUGUUUUCUCUCCCUCUCCCCUACUGCCUUCCCUCUUCUCGCCAUCUUCUUCUGCGUCUCCUUUCUCUGCCUCUCCUCUCGUUGCUUCGUCUCCGGGUGUCUACGGGAACGCUUCGUCGUCUUUUUCUCUCUUCGCCGAAACUUCCGCGCGCAAGUCUUCUUCUUUCCGGUCUCCCAAUGCGCCCUCUCAUGCGAUUCUCGAUUCCUCUCCUGCCUUGCUCUUCUCUCCAGGUUACGUUUUUCUCCCUCUGAGUCAGGAAAGCCAAUUGCAGGUACUACUUCCGCGUCGUCCUUCGAAAUCUUCAUUUCCCCUGUCACAUUCCUCUAGCUCUUCCUUGCUCUCUUCUUCUCGCCCUCCCUUGUUCUCUCUGUCUCCUCGUUCUCCUCCUUCUCUGCGGGCCGUCUCCUUUCUUUCUUCUUCUGUUUCUGCGCAUGCACGCCACCAAGUGCCUUUCUUUCGCGACGACUCUCAGGCUUUUGGGAGCGUCUCUCGGUCUCACGAAACUGCCUGCACAGCGCACAGAAGAGAGGGAAAGCUGUCUCGUAGACACGAGACUUCUUCCUCGUUUCUUUCCUUUCCUUCCCAACGAAGGUUCUCUCUCUCCGAUGAGAAAUCGCAGACUUCUCUGUCUCUCCUGACCUCUUUCGUCCAGUGUGGAACGAAGGGGACAUAUUCGCAGUUCCCUGCUCCUUCCAUUCUCUCUUAUUCUCUGUUCUCUUCUCCGCAGCCACCCUCACCACCUGCAGUCUCCUCUCCACCUGCAGUCUCCUCUCCACCUGCAGUGUUUUCUUCCUCGUCUUCACAGUUUUCAUCUUCGCAGUUUUCUGCUCCGGAGCAUGCCUCAGAAGAAGGACGAAGCAGAAAACACUUUGCACAAACAGGCGAGGAAAAAGUUGUUUCUCUGCCUCCAGGAGAACUUCCAACAGUCUCGUGGAAGGACGUCAAACACACAGUGGAAGGUCCCCCCAAACCUCCUCUCUUUGUGACUCCAGACGGGACGUACGAUCCAGAUCGCCCGAAGCCGGAAGAGCCGUUUGGAAAUCUCGUUGCUCUCGAUCCUGCGAGUUCCCUUCUUCUGCAGCUUCCGCAUGCUCUGCCAGGCGACGCGCUUCUGCGUCUGCACACUGAGAGAAAGUCUCGCGAGAGCGGAGGUCGCCUGACAGAGAGAGGAAGAGAUACGAACAGGGGAAGGAACGAUGACUCUGACGGGACAGCGACGCUGCAGACAGAUACCACUGCGAAAGAAGAAAAAGCCUUCCCGGAAGACCUCACUCCUCUCGACAUUCAGGAAGCUGAGGGCGGCGCUUGGGUUCGAGGGAAGUGGAUGAGCGACGAAGAAAUCGACAGCGCCAUACAGGAAGGAGAACAGCGAAUCCAGCCACUCGUGGAGGAGGUCCAAGCGGAGAUCGAAGAGAGAGAGAGAAAGCAAGAGGAGCGUGAGAAUGCAGAGGAACACCCGCAUUUCACAGAUGAAGAAGUUGAUCGAAUGGACCUCUUUGAGAUGAAAAACGAAUUGCGACUGCGUGGCUACCGGACUGCAGGGCCGGUGGAGACGGUUCGCCUUCGCCUGAAGCAGGCCGUCCGGGACGGGCCUCGCAGCUUCGAGGAAGGCACGCAAGAGGAUUUGCCCGAGAGUCCUCUCACACGGUCGUUCAUCGAAGACUCUCAGCGCGCUGCGCAAACCUACCAAGAUGCACUCGAAGAAAUCUCGAGACCCAUCGAAAAUCCUGCAGACCCUGCGCAAAUCGUUCGCCGGUGGAUUGCGCGCACGGAGCUGUGCAACGCUGCGGAGGAUCCUGUUUCCUACUUCCAUCUCGACGCAGCCUUGAGCGACCAGCGAGUGUCCGCAGCAGAUGUGGCGCAGGUCGAGAAAGAAAUGCAGGAGGAGGAGCGCGAACUGACAGAUGAAGAAAAACAAGAACUGUUCCAACAACAAAUGCGUGACCUCAUGGCGGAGACCGUGCCGAAGACUUUCCAGCCUCGUGACGAUGACAGCAUUGUUGUCGACGAGCCUGUGAAACAUGCAGAGAACGAAUGGGACCACCUCACCGUGGAGGAACGGAAGCGCAAGUACCUUGAAGGCAAUCCAAACGGCGUCGUUACAGAAACAGUUCAGAGCCUAGCCGAGGCGUUCUCAGUGCCAGAGGAUUUCAUUGGCGACUUUCUCUGUCGCCAGGGCGUCCAGCCGCCGGUCCCUGUCGACGUGCCUCUCAAAGAGUUGACCGAUCCAGCAGCCGUGUGGAAUCUUGUCGAAUAUCUCCAGGUUCAAGACCCUGCACAAGUCCAUAAUAUGUAUCCCCUCGACACGGUCGAACAGAUCGCCGAGGAAUUCAACUGCUCCGUCCAAUACAUUCUCGAUGCCUGCGAGGCCCUCAAAAUCAAGCUUCCGUUCGGAACGAAGUCUCGCUUAAACGUGGAAUGCUAUGAUGCCGUCACAACAUUAGUGGAGAAAAUGCUUUUCCCCGACAAGAAAGACGGGGGAAAUGACGUGCAAGAGGCUGUGGGAUGAGGGCCACCUGCCUCCACCUACGAUUGUCACACGAAACAAAAUUCGCAAAGGAAAACCCCCCGGUAUUAUAGCCACAUAACACCGUUCUCCGAUCACCAGCGCCAAGUGACUAUACAAACAUUCACACUUUAUUUGAUGGAAUCUGAAGACAUCAGAUCAUUCUUGGCAUAAUAACGUUGUGUUGUGAGAUGGAACCAUUCUCAAAAGGCAAACGAGGGAUUUAAUUUUAGCGCUUGCUGCUCUUACAAAGUGAAACGUACUAAGGAACUGCCUAAGAUCGAAAGGAAAAUUUGCAUCCCACUUGUCACCCAGCCUCAUAUGAAUACCCGCCGGUGCAUUCACUCAGAUGAGUACGUAACUGGGUAUGUUAUCAACGUUUUCCACACGCCAAGAGCUCUGCUACUUCUUGAGCGUUUUUCAACGAUUCUGAAUUAGAGAACUUCAAGCAAGUUGUCAGGAGGGCAGUUCCAUUCCCAUUUUGCUAUACGUCGGUACAUCUGAGGUGAAAGCGUUGUUGCUGCCACGAAAAUGUGUAUCCCUCACAAACAGAGAAAACAUGCCGUGUCGCUUCCCUCGCAACAACGAAAUCAAAAGAAAUCAUGACAUUACCAUGAUCACCAUUGUUACAACAAUACGCGGUGUCCCACUGGUUCUACUUCUCAAGCCGCGGGGACGCUGCUGACGCUGUCGCCCCUCGACGCCGACACCAAAUCGAACAUCACGGGGUCUUUUGACUCCCCAACAGAGACCUCAAGACGGUCCAACGGGCUUCACUUGAAUGGCAUCUCCUCGCACGUUAAGCGGCAUUUAAAGUAAAUC